GGAGCCGCCCCCGCUCGGAGCCGCCGCCGCGUUCGCCUCUGCCGGUGCCCCCACCCCGAGAACGGAGCUCAGCGAUGGCGGGGCCGGGGGGAUCCGCCGGGGGUUGAGGCAGCUGGAAGGGCCGGUGCCGCAGAGCUGGCGCGGAGGAGGGAGACUGUCCGUGAUGGGAUCAGUGGGAACGGAGCGCUUCAAGGAGCUGAGCCCGAUGGGGACACCUGAAGGCAACGUGGUGAUGAGCUUCAGCUUCGACAGCUACCAGCUGGAGGAGGACGAGCUGCAGCGGGGCAGCCAGGCCAAGGGCGUGCUCACCUUCAUGGAGCCCGUUUCUGAAGACCCCGAGCCACAGGACCGAUACCACGGGAUCUACUUUGCCAUGCUGCUGGCUGGCGUUGGAUUUCUCCUGCCAUACAACAGCUUCAUCACUGAUGUGGACUACCUGCACCACAAAUACCCAGGGACCUCCAUAGUCUUUGACAUGAGCCUCACCUACAUCCUGGUGGCCUUGGUGGCUGUCAUCCUCAACAACGCGCUGGUGGAGCUGCUGAGCCUGCACACCCGCAUCUCUGUGGGCUACCUCUUUGCCCUGGGCCCCCUGCUCUUUGUCAGCAUCUGCGACGUCUGGCUGGAGCUCUUCACCCGACGGCAAGCCUACGCCAUCAACCUGGUGGCCGUUGGGGUGGUGGCCUUUGGCUGCACAGUGCAGCAAUCCAGCUUCUAUGGCUACACGGGGCUGCUGCCCAAGCGCUACACGCAGGGGGUGAUGACAGGAGAGAGCACCGCAGGGGUCAUCAUCUCGCUCAGCCGCAUCUUCACCAAGCUGCUGCUGUCGGACGAGAAGGAGAACACGGUCAUCUUCUUCUUCAUCUCCAUCGGCAUGGAGCUGACCUGCUUCAUCCUUCACCUCCUGGUGAAGCGCACUCGCUUUGUCCGUUAUUACACCUCCUGCCCCCGUAAGGGCCACCCUGAGCCCUGCAGGGCCAGCGACCACGGGACGGGCUACCGCGUCCAUCACGAUGUCACUGCCGAGGACAUCAGAUUUGAGGACCGGCUGCAAGGACAGCUGGGAUCUCCCCGUGGCAGCCCGGGUCCUGAAGCUGAGCUGGAUGGCAGCGGUACCUACAUGCGCUUCGAUGUCCCCAGGCCCAAAAUCAAGAGGAGCUGGCCCAGUUUCAGAGCCAUGCUGCUCCACCGCUAUGUCGUGUCGCGGCUCAUCUGGGCCUACAUGCUGUCCAUCGCCAUGACCUACUUCAUCACCCUGUGCCUCUUCCCUGGGCUGGAGUCGGAGAUCCACAACUGCACGCUGGGGGAAUGGCUCCCCAUCCUCAUCAUGGCCAUCUUCAACCUCUCCGACUUUGUUGGCAAGAUCCUGGCUGCCCUGCCUUAUGACUGGAGAGGAACACACCUCCUUGUCUACUCCUGCCUCCGCGUCAUCUUCAUCCCUCUCUUCAUCAUGUGUGUCUACCCCAAUGGCCAGCCCACCUUUGGCCACCCCGCCUGGCCCUGCAUUUUCUCCCUCCUCAUGGGCAUCACCAACGGCUACUUCGGCAGCGUCCCCAUGAUCCUGGCUGCUGGCAAAGUGAGCCCCGAGCAGCGGGAGCUGGCAGGUAGGGCUGCACCAUCCAGGGGCUGCCAUGUGGGGUGGCCAUGUAGGGUGAGACCCUCUGUCCAUCUCUGCAGGGAACACCAUGACCGUGUCCUACAUGACGGGCUUGACGCUGGGCUCAGCCGUGGCUUAUUUUGCCUACAGCCUCACCAGUACGUCCCACAGUAGCUGUUUCUACACUGAAACCUCCAACGGCUCCUUCCUGGGGGGGUUCUGAGCCCCAGGGCUGGGCAAUGGGGCCGGGAUGGGGCCAUGCACUGCUCCUGUAGCCAGUGGCCCUCACUGCCCACCAAGGUGGUCCCUGGGCACUGUCCACAGCUGAUUCUUGGGCUGAUGGCCCCCAAUGUUGUUGGUCCCAAUGUUCCUGGGGACUCCCCCUGGGCAGUGGUGGUGGGAGGGAUCUUCUCUUGUUUGAGACCUUGCCAAAGGGAAUGGGGAAGAGAGCAAUAGAGGAAGAGGAGGAGGGAAGGUGGCUCUGGGCUGGGCUCUUAGUGAUGGUGCUGCAGCUUUCUGCUGAGGACAGCCUGAAACCAUGACCCCAACCCCUUCCCUGUAUUUCAACUGCUGUGUAGAAUCCCCAAGAAGGAAUUAGGAAGCUUUUUUGUUCCUCUUUUUUCCCACUAUUCUUGUCCCCAAUUCUGCUCUGGGCUGGGGGGGAUUGUGAUGCCCUGGGGUGACUGCUGAGCUUCAACUUCUAUCAUGUACAUCAAACUGAAAGCAGAUCGUAUGUCAUACUUGGCAACGAUCCCUUCUCUAAGCCACACUGUUGGGCUGGGAACCCUGGCACAUCACUGGGAGAAAGGCUUUGGAGUAGGUGGGUGCCAGCUCAGCCAGGCAGCGGAGCCACAAAAAACACCAGCCCUCCCCCUUCCCAAAACCAAGAGCCAUGGGCUGCAGGGCACCUACAGCCCAGCUGCCAGCCAGGCACUGCUGCAGGGUUCCCCCUCCCUUCCUUGCCAGCACCACCGGGAUUAGCAUUUCCUAAUCAAUAAAAGCUUUUUGGUUUUGCCUUUA